AUGGAGUCUAUAGAGGAAGUUUUGGAAAAUUACUCCUCCCAGCUGGGGGCCCUCGACAGCAAACUGCAGCAGCUCAGGGCGGCUCUGGGGGCCCUGGCUAAGAAUCCAGCAGCAGCAGCAGCAGCAGCAGACGCAGAAGCAGCAGCAGCAGCAGACGCAGCGGAAGCAGCAGCAGCAAGAAGCAAACCUCAUGAUGCUGCAGCAACUCUCCCACCCCUGGAGGCGGCACAGCUCCACGUUGCAACUGCCUUUGCUGCAUGCACCUUAUGGUUUACAUACCUCAAGACCCAGGGCCUGAGCACUCAAAGCCAUCCAGUCACAAGAGACCUCGCUCGCGUGCAGCAGUACAUGCAGAAAGUGUCAAGAACAAUCCAAGAAGGAGAGAAAAGAACCCAAACCCUAGACGUUGCUGCUGCUGGGCGUUUCAUUGCCUUCCACACAAACUCAAAGAGGGGGCCCCAGGGGGCCCCCAGGGGGGCCCCCAAGGGGGCCCCCGAAGGUGCCCCUGAGGGGGCCCCCCAGGGGGGUCCCCAGGGGGGCCCCCAGGGGGCCCCCAAUGGGGCCCCCAUUGGGGCCCCCAGGGGGGCCCUCAAGAGGGCCCCUGGGGAGGCCCCUGAGGGGCCCCUCUCGGGGGGCCCCCCUAAGAAAGUGCGCAGACUUAAGGGGCCCCUGGGGGCCCCCAAAGAGGUUUCAAAAGGCAAAGGGAAACCCAAGAAAGAGAGGGGCCUGCAGGGGCCUUCAGGGGCCUCUGAGCCAAGCAGCAGCAGCAGCAGCAACAGCAACAGCAGCAGCAGCGGCAGCAGUAGCAGUAGUAAUGUGAACAACAACAGCAACGACAGCAGCAGCAGCAGCAGCAGCAGCAGCGGCAAGCUGACGAAGCGUAAGAACAAACAAAAGAAGAAAAUUUCUGAAUUUGCCAUUGCUGCUCCGUUUGAGCAACUGCUGCAACAACGGCAGCAGUUGCUGCGCCAGCUGCAGCAGCAGCUGCAGCAGCAGCUGCAGCAGCAGCUGCGGAAGCAGCAGCAGCACUAG